AUGCACACGUACGACGACAGUUCGGCCGUCGUUGCCGACGAUGUUCACCGUGUGCUCCACAACACACUGAGUGCAUUGACGGUGGCGCGCGCCCAAGUUAAAGUGAUCGUGGACUUGCGCCGCAUCUGCCGCACUCUUUCCUCCUCCCCCACCUGGACCCAGUGUGAAGACGGAGUCAGGAACAUCGGAGGCGGAGGAGGGCGCAGGUGACUGACACGGCGAAAACCCGCACCUAGAAGUAUCACCACACCCCUGGUCCACAACGAACACUAGCUAAGAUUUUAUACACUAAGAGAAAAAUGGGAGGUGGUACGGCCUGAGCUUGUACCUGGGCCAGACGUCACACCCCAAACUUUGGUAUUUUUUAUGAAUGCGCAUUCUCGAUUAAGCCUGCCGAAACCCGAUCCGAUUUCUGGGUUGGUCCAACGCAUCAAUCAUAUGGUGCAUUUUAGGGGCACAUGGGAGAAGUAUGGGUGAAGAGCUUAGAGGAAUGACAGCUGAAGUUGGUGACCUUUAAAAACUGGCAAUCGAGCAAAAACACACACUUGGAGGAAGUCACUGGUUGAGAAAACUUAACCUCAAGGAUUAAAAGUGCGUCGAAGGUACAUAGGGAGGAUAGAAAACAACAAAAAUCGAUGAUUCACAGUUAACAAUUAAGUGUGACAACGAGGGUCGGUAAAGUGAGAAAAACUGGGGUGCGUUUCAUGGUGGGUGCGUCCUUUUGCCUAAGUCAUCUAGAACAGAUGAACAGAAAGUCUAUAAAACCAAUGAAAAAUUUGCCGAACUCUUCCGAACUUCCCCGAUGACACAUACUUUGAUUGCACGAACAAAGGCGUUGGUUUAGCCAGCGCCACACAAGGAGAUCGGAGGGAAUCUAGCGUAGGCUAGCUCUCUAGUCGCACCUGGUCAAAGAGUGUAGGUCCUAUUUCACAAGACGACGUCGAAUGAAGCUUUGUUGGGUAACGGUCCACAUCCACCUCGUCGUAAUACCGCUUUGGAUUGUGGCACUUUUCUGGGCAGCUAACUUGCCAGAUCGGCGCCGGGCCACGUUUGAAGGGGGGAUAUUCAUUGCAUGGACGGGGAUUACUCAUUCGUUGCACCCGGAAAUUGUUCUAUUUGGUACUUGGCUUUCACUGAGAGAUGUCCCACUAGCGGCAACCUGAGGAUGCACCGGGGUAUCCUGCGGCUAGAAUAACAGUAGGCCCGUCCCGUUUUCCCGUUUUAAGAAUGUCUAUUGGAAAUAUCCUUGUAGAUUUUCACCUACUUUUCUAAAUAUGUUACUGAAUCAGUGAGAGUUCUGUCAGAAAUAUUUUGGUUUAGGGUAGACAGGCGCUGGUCUGCCUUGGUGAGCUACAGUUUGGAUCACGAUAGAAGCCACUGAAAAGCGAUUUAAUUAAUUGAUUUCUACAAUUUUGCAUUGUCGAUCAGUGAAGACGAAAGUAGACUAGCACGAAGGACAAACAAAACAUUUAUGAUGAUGACGAUGAUGAUGAUGAUGAUGAUGACGACGACGACGACGACGAUGAUGAUGAUGAUGAUGAUGAUGAUGAUGAUGAUGAUGAUGAUGAUGAUGAUGAUGAUGAUGAUGAUGAUGAUGAUGAUGAUGAUGAUGAUGAUGAUGAUGAUGAUGAUGAUGAUGAUGAUGAUGAUGCUGAUGAUGAUGAUGAUGAUGAUGAUGAUGAUGCUUUGCUGCUGCCAGGGGCUACACCCUGA